AUGUCGUCGCUGUACGAAGCUGACUACGGAACUGCAUAUUAUCGUUCAAACGAUCCGAUAAAGAAUUUGAAGAUUAAGGUAUCAUUGAAAAAAGUGUCUGCAUCUUUUCCUGAUGACAACCCUACAGCUCUGUUCACAACAGAAGGUGGUGUCGAGCUUAAAACACUUGGAAAGGGAAAGAAGGACAAAUCAAAUGAUAUUCAAGAAUGUGUCAUUGGUUGGCAGCAGAAGAUAUUUUGCCAGCGAGAAGUAGAAUUUUACAGUAAACCUGAAAACUGCCAGAAUGUACUGGAUCAGAAAUACAAGCAAGAUGUCUCAGUAUUACUGAACAAAAAAAGACGAAAGAAUCUGAUCUUCACCUAUGUCGACCAUGACCGAUUCUCACAUCAACAGGAAGGUGUCUACAGUAUGACCAAUUAUUACGUGAAGCCCAGUCCUCUGGCGGUGAAAAUGGCACAAGUACAUUGUCGCAGACUUGGUGGUAGACAGCUGAAAGAGAAAGAACAAGGAAGUAUCCCCAAGACUUUGAUUGUUGACGAAGCACCAUCUGAAGAAGCCAAACUGAGAAACCACCUAGAGGCACCACCUAUCCAAGUCAUGUACAUCAUGGCAGAUCUGAGCCCAGCGGACAGACCAGCAACUGAGGCAGACGAAUAUAUUUUGUGUGCCCUCAAAGUAGAUGCUAACGGAGUCUUGAGUGUGCGGCCUGACUUCACCAGUGGCAGGAAACCUUACAGUAUAGAAUCUCUUACGACGCGAGAAACCUAUGAUUACACAAUUGAGAAUGUCUCUAAAGACAUGAGUCAUCAGGAGCAAGAGAAGGAACUACGAAUGUACAGAGAGAUGUACGCCAGGCAUAAUGACUUUGUUCAGUCAUGUGUUGGCCAGGAGUUUGAACUGUGUCCGGUUGAUACUUUACGAGUUGUUGUGUUUGGAGAAAUUGUGUCCGCUCAAGAUUUUGAAAAGGACAACCUGUACAUUCAUAUGUUUACAGAUCUCCCCAAGAACUGGUCAGCUGAUCGAAGCCAGCAGUUGUCAUGGGUAACCCAGUCGUGUGCCACAAAAACUGUUGACCAGACUGAAGUGGCAUAUUUCAGCUACCCGUUUCAUUUUGAGUUGUCAUACAAGAAAAAUCAGUUGGCACCAGAUAACGAAGAUGAGCUGCCUCAGUUCCCACGAUUGAUGAUUGAGGUCGGGGCCAUUGAUUCCUGGUCCCGACAUUUUAACGAAGGUUACAGCUACUUCCAACUUCCUGCCAAACCAGGUGCAUACACAGAGAAAGCUCACUGCUGGAGACCCGUUGGCAAUUCAGUGGUUGACAACUUACGCCGCUUUUUUAUCGGAGGAACACCAGAAAUAGAAGACCCCACAUAUGCUGCAGUCCCUUCUACGUUUGAUGGCACAUACCUCAGCAAGUUUGGAUUCAGAACUCAAUCCACAGGAACAGUGACAGCUCACUUCAACAUCAUGUGGCAGAGCAGAAGUUUUAUGGAGAGCAAAGCCAACAAGCGUUCUCUAGGAUCAUUACUGCAGUCUCUGGGAAUAACGGCCAUGCAAGCUAACAUCACCAGUGUUUUAGAGGCAUUCAAGAGAGCUAGGAUGAAGAUGGUACAGGCAAGAGAAGCAGCGACCCAGGAACUGCUCCGGGAGGUCAAACCAAUAGAGAAGGGAGAACUGGAUUACUAA